AUGACAGGAGUCCCUAUUUCCACCCGGCCAGUACCUACCUUCUUCUGCUCUCUCUGCACCUCUCUUCCCCCUCUCACAGCACAUCCCUUCCCCCUACCUCGGCACCUCUCUUCCCCUUCUCAAAUCCACCUCCCUUCCCCUCUCACAGGACCUCUGUCCUCUCCUCCUUCCCCCUCUCAGUGCACAGUCUCCCCAUCUCUGUCCUCUCCUCAUCCCCCCUCUAAGUGCACUUUCUCCCCACCUCUGUCCUCUUCCCCCCCCCCUGUCCUCUCCUCUCCACCUUCCCCCUCUCAGUGCACCUUCUCCCCCACCUCUGCCCUCUCCUUCUUUCCCCUAUCGGAGCACCUUCCCUCCCCCCUCUGUCGUCGCACAUUCUUUCCCCCCUCUGUCCCCUAUCGGAGCACCUACCAUCCCCCCUCUGCCCUCUCCUUCUUUCCCCUAUUGGAGCAACUUCCUUCCCCCCUCUGUCCUCGCCUUCUCCCCCCCUCUGUCCUCUCAUCCUUCCCCCUCUCAGUGCACCUUCUCCCCAUCUCUGUCCUCUCCUCCUUCCCCCUCUCAACGCACCUUCUCCCCCCCUCCGUCCUCUCAGCCUUCCCCCUCUCAGAGCAGGCGCUAUACGCGUCACCUCCCUUCCCCCACCCUCCUCACAUCGCUUCCCCCACCCAUUCCCCCUCUCACAGCACCUCCCUUCCCCCACCCAUCUCACCUCCCUUCCCCCUCUCUAGUAGAGCCUCCCUUCCCCCUCUAACAGCACCUCCCUUCCCCCACCCACAGCAUCUCCCUUCCCCCUCUCACAGCUGCUACCUUCCCCCUCUUACAGCUCCUACCUUCCCCCUCUCACAGCUCCUCCCUUCCCCCUCUCACAGCACCUCCCAUCCCCCACCCACAGAAUCUCCCUUCCCCCACCCACAGCAUCUCCCUUCCCCCUCUCACAGCUCCUCCCUUCCCCCUCUUACAGCUCCUACCUUCCCCCUCUCACAGCUCCUCCCUUCCCCCACCCACAUCAUCUCCCUUCCCCCUCUCACAGCUCCUCACUUCCCACACACAGCAUCUCCAUUCCCCAUAUCACAGCUCGUCCAUUCCCCCUCUCGCUGCUCCUCCCUUCCCCGUUCCGCCUCUCAUUCCGCAUCUGAAGCCGCCUCUCCUUCCGCCUCUCAUUCCGCCCCUCCUUCCGCAUCUCACUCCGGCUCUCGCGUCGCCUCUCAUUCCGGGUUUCUUUCCGCCCCUCAAAACGCCUCUCAUUACGCCUAUCUAUUCGCAUCAUCCCGCCUCUCAAUCCGCCUCUCAUCCCGCCUUACACGCCGCCUGUCGUUCCGCCUCUCGUUCCGCCUCUCAUUCCGCCUCUCGUUCCGCCUCUUUUUCCGCCUCUCAUUCCGCCUCACAUUCCGCCUCUCAUUCCGCCUAUAA